AUGUGGACAGCAGACUGGUGGGGUGAGACACAAAAAGCCUUGCCCAAAGGAGCCACAAUGGUGCUGAUUAUUCUAUCGUCAGACAAAACCUGCUUAUCGCAGUUUCAAGGGGACAAGUCAGCAUGGCCAGUAUAUAUGUCUAUUAGCAACAUUGCCAAAGCAAAAAGGUGUCAGGCAUCAGCACGAGCAAUGAUUCUUAUUGGUUACUUACCUGCAGGCAAACUCAACUGCUUCACUCCUGAUGCAUGCUCGCUGGCCGGAUACAGACUCUUUCAUCACUGCUUGGCUCUACUCCUCCAUCCUCUCAUAACUGCUGGACAAGACAGCAUUGAAAUGGUGUGCGCAGACUCACAGAUUUUUUGUGUCCACCCAAUACUGGCAACGUAUGUUGCCAACUUUCCUGAGCAGUGCCUGGUUUCCUGUUGCAAGGAGAAUCAUUGUCCAAAGUGUCUGGUGGCAGGGAAUGAGCGAUGUGACAGACUCAACUCAGUGAUGUGUGAUCCAGAGUCAACAAACGAGAUUCUGAAAAGGCGCAAGAAUGAUAUGCCACAUUGCAAUAUCUUCCUUGCAUUCACUCCCAACCUUUUGCACUAA